GCCAACGGGAGCGGUCCGGGGGCGGGUCUGGGGCGGGUCUGAGCUCCAUCCAGUUUGAACCUCUAUCAACUGGCCUCCGUAGCAAAGCACACAGCGUCGACAACAACAACAACAACAACAACGAUAACGACGACGACGUGAGACGAAUUAUUGCUAUCUGACCGGUUAAAUCUUGUCGCCAUGGUGAAAGGGGACAUUAAUAAACCCAAGGGCAAGACGUCAGCCUACGCCUUCUUCGUCCAGACCUGCCGGGAGGAGCAGAAGAUUAAACACCCCGAUCAGUCGGUCAACUUCGCAGAGUUCUCCAAGCAGUGUUCAGAGAGAUGGAGGGCUUCCACUGCGACUGACAAGCGUCGUUUUGAGGAUAUGGCAAAGAACGACAAGGUGCGCUAUGAGAGGGACAUGAGGGGGUACGUCCCCCCCAAGGGGAUGGCCAAGAGCGGCAGGAAGAAGAAGGACCCCAACGCUCCAAAACGACCCCCGUCUGCCUUUUUCGUGUUCUCAGCAGAGUUCCGUCCGACGGUCAAACAGGAGUUCCCAGGCUGCUCUAUAGGAGAGUGCGCUAAGAAGCUGGGGAUCAUGUGGGGUCAACAGACUCCGACCCAGAAACAGCCGUUUGAAGAGAAGGCUCUCCGACAGGAGAAAUACGACAAGGAUAUGGCUGCGUACCGUUCCGGUGCGAACGUUAAGCGGGUGCCGAUGCGACCCGGUCCCGGUGGUUCGUCCGGUAUGAUGCCCCACGCCAUGGCCGGUGGCGACGACGAGGACGACGACGACCUGGAGGACGACGAUGACGAGGACGACGACGAUGAUGAGUAAAGCGUUAGCGUAGCGUUCGUGCCUGUUUGGAUUGGUGCGUUCGAUUUAGCGCUCGCCUAGCGGGCGGAGUUUGCGCAUUUUCUUUUGAGACUCGGAUUUCCCCAUUGGUCCUAAAAGUGGAAACUCCGCCCUCCCAGGGUCGCGGCGAGCUAAAACGAACCCAGUUCUCACCGGAAUCCUAACGGGCCAGAGGAAGGAAUCAUCUGAUUGGCUGAAAGUUAUGUGUGUGCCCUGUCAGUGACCCUGCAGGGUUUGAGGGCUGACCAGAGGUCAAAAGGUUAGUUAGGUCAAGGGGGUUGGUUAGUUAGAGCUGGACUGGACCAGACACAACCUUAACAGGGGGGGGGGGACUCGUAAUAUCACCGCGCGUAACUGAAUAGUCGUCAUCGCAAAAAAAUAAAAAAUAAACAUCCGUAACCCUGGAAACAGUUGCUGUGGGCCAACAUGUCCAAUAGCAGACCUCUGUUGGGGGUUGAAUAAGAGCUGAACGUUGUGGGUGUCUUCAUUCGGUGUUGUUUUGUAGAAGGUUGUUGUUCCCAGGGUUGUGUGUGGUCCUCGUGGCGUUCAGCCUCUCUACAUUGUUAUCACGUGUUGUAACAGAGCUGUGUCGACGCUACAGCCUCUUUUAAAAAUAUACACUUUAUUUUUGUUUUUGAUUUUUGAUUUUUAUUUUUUAAAUGAAAAAAAAAAAAAAUGUGUCCUGAAACAACAACUAUGUAGAAAUUGACUUUUAUAAUAAAAAAUAAAAAAAUUAUGAUUCUGAAAA